AUGGCACGUCGUAUAUUGACAGCUUUACUCAAUGGCACGUCGUAUAUUCCCAGCUUGACAGCUUUACUCAAUGGCACGUCGUAUAUUCCCAGCCUGACAGCUUUACUCAAUGGUACGUCGUAUAUUCCCAGCUUGACAGCUUUACUCAAUGGCACGUCGUAUAUUCCCAGUUUGACAGCUUUACUCAAAGGUACGUCGUAUAUUCCCAGCUUGACAGCUUUACUCAAUGGCACGUCGUAUAUUCCCAGUUUGACAGCUUUACUCAAUGGUACGUCGUAUAUUCCCAGUUUGACAGUUUUACUCAAUGGUACGUCGUAUAUUCCCAGUUUGACAGCUUUACUCAAUGGUACGUCGUAUAUUCCCAGUUUGACAGCUUUACUCAAUGGUACGUCGUAUAUUCCCAGUUUGACAGCUUUACUCAAUCGUACGUCGUAUAUUCCCAGUUUGACAGCUUUACUCAAUGGCACGUCGUAUAUUCCCAGCUUGACAGCUUUACUCAAUGGCACGUCGUAUAUUCCCAGCUUGACAGCUUUACUCAAUGAGAAUGUAGCUUUAAAUAAAUCACCAAGUCAGGUUGAGACUAACAGAACAAAGAGAGAAGCUGGUGAUAGAACUACUAAUAUACCUGACAAAUGUUAUAACUAUAAUAAAACUGGUAAAUGGUUGGGAAUAGAUCUAGAAGAAGAUUAUCCUAUUAAACACAUCAUCAUCCAACAUUUAGCAUCAGUGAAUGGAAUUUUACUACAUGUUAUUAAAGAGAAUGGAGAACCAGAACUAUGUUAUAAAGAAGGCCUGAGUUCGACGCCACCAAUUGUUAAAAAUAUAGAGUGUAGUCAUGUUAUAUAUGGUCGUUAUGUUAAUAUCACUAAUGAUCGUAUCAGUCAUAAUGGAAGAUAUUUAACAUUAUGUGAAGUGGAGAUAUAUGUAUGUUCUGGAGGAACGUUUGGUUCAGAUUGUACCAACUUCUGUCAUUGUUUAAAUAAUAAAAGAUGUUCAGAGACUGGUGAAUGUCCUAAUGGUUGUUCUGAUGGAUGGACAGGAACAACUUGUAGUCAAAUGUGUGAUAAUGGUACAUACGGUGCUGGAUGUUUAAAACAAUGUUCAGAUAGAAAUUGUUUAGUAGAAACAUCACCAUGUCAUCAUAUCUAUGGUAGUUGUCAAGGUGGUUGUACAGAAGGUUUUUAUGGUGAAGUUUGUGAUAUGAAAUGUUCAGAUAGAAAAUGUAAUGAUAGUAAUUUACAAUGUGAGAGUAAAACAGGAGAAUGUAUUGAUGGAUGUCAACCAGGAUACCAGUCAAUAGAUUGUACACGAGAAUGUUAUAAUGGAAAAUAUGGACAAGACUGUUUGUUAAAUUGUUCAUCAAGAUUCUGUAAACUAGAAACAGAGUGUAAUAAUAUAGAUGGAGCUUGUAACUGUUCAGAUGGAUACCAAGGAAUAGAUUGUACUGUUAAACAACAGCUUGUAUUCCCGGGAGACGCCAAUGAAGGGAGUGAAGAUCAGAAUUCGGCUAUAAUUGCAAAGAUUGUGGUACCAGUUAUUACAUUAGCUUUUGUGUUUGGAGUACUCGUGGUACUGUUCGGAACGAAACUAAGGUCAAGAUGUAAAACAAACCAGUUCCGUGGUAAGGAAUCAAGUCACGCUGUAGCACAAAAUGAAACAAACAUAAAGCUAACUUUUUCGGCUAUGGUAUCCCCAUCAGCCUCAUUUACAUGGAAAUUACUUGAUUAUAUGGACGAUCUAUGUGGUAAAACGUUGAAGCUAUCAGCUAUAGGACGUGAAUCGGCUGUAUUAAAACUAACUAAACAUGGUGAAUAUACUGGCACCAUGAACUGUAUCACCACCAUCAUGGCUACCGACAAUAAACAGAUUAUGUUGAAAUAUAUACAGAUGGAUAUUAAAAGCUACCACGAAUGUCCUGGAGAUUAUUUAGCUGUUUAUGAUGGUCAUUAUCAACCUGGUAGUAGAAUAUCUAAAGAACCAAUGAGUGUAUUUUGUGGAGAUGACACACCUAGAUUAACCUACUCCUCUACUGGACAGUUUCUCACACUCCGGUUCGUCAGUGAUGACUCAGCUCACGGAGAAGGUUUUGAAGUUGUAUUAACAGCUUUUCAUAAUGGAACCUGUGGUUCCAGUGAGUACCGGUGUGAUAACGGGCGAUGUAUAUCACAUGCACUGGUGUGUAACGGUUACAAUAACUGCGGGGAUUACAGUGAUUGGUGUGUGUUAUCCCCGGCUGUUAUCAGUGGUAUUGUUAUAGCAUGUUUCGUGGCGGUUAUCACUAUCUGGGUAUGUAUGGUGUUUGUGUGGUAUGCUUACACUUACAGACAACAACGUUUACAUCGAAGAACGAGACGAAGACAUCGACCACAACUGUCAUCAAUGGUAGGGGAACCUAGUCGUUAUUCACAUCUUUUACCGCCAGAACGAUCUUCCAGCAGACGUGAUGACGUCUUUACCGUCUUCCCACAACUACGUAUUUCCAUUACCCCAAUCCAACCACCACCUUACCCUGGUGAACCUAGUCCAUCAGAGGGCGCACACAAUCUCGGAUAUCGACACGGACCUUGA